GACGAAGUACCGGCAUGAACAGCUAAGAAGAGUAAAGUCAACAGCCACAAGCACUCAUCAGGUACCUAAAUGGCCAAAUUCUUGAUUCCCAUCUUCAUGUACUAGCUGUCACCUCUUUUGUUGUGUUUGAGAAAGAAAAAAGAAAUCUUUUUGGGUUUUCUCUUCUGAGCUCAAUACCAUUCUUUGAUUAAUUUUCAAGUGGAACCAGAAGAAGCCAACAAUUCGUGCUCAAGAUUCAUAGAGCUUUGAAGCAGCAUAUCGUCCCAGAAAGCUAACACCCUUAUUGAAUUCUGAUAUGGGUAAGGGUGGUGGGUGUGUGCCAAGCAAGAAGAAGUUAAUUCAAGAUCCUCGCCUCCCAGAAAGAGACUCUCCGAUUAUUACCCAAAACCAAAGCCAAAAUCAAAGUGCAAGCCAAACCCAACCCAUUACAAUCCAGAAUAGCAUCACUCUACCACUUAAGAAGCUUAAAAUCUUCAUAAUUUUUUACUCGAUGUAUGGCCAUGUGGAGUUUUUGGCAAGGAGAAUGAAGAAGGGUGUGGAUUCCAUUGAUGGGGUCGAAGCAGUUUUGUACAGGGUCUCAGAGACGCUACCAGUAGAGGUUUUGGAGCAAAUGAAGGCGCCACCGAAGGGAGAUGAGAUCCCAGUAAUAUCAGUUAAUGAGUUAGUCAAUGCUGAUGGGUUCUUAUUUGGAUUCCCAACAAGGUUUGGUUCUAUGGCAUCUCAGAUGAAAGCGUUCUUUGACUCCACAGAUGAACUGUGGAUGGAACAAAAGCUUGCAGGACUUCCUGCUGGGUUCUUUGUGAGCACGGGCACGCAGGGGGGCGGGCAAGAAACAACUGCGUGGACAGCAAUUACUCAAUUGGCACACCACGGGAUGCUCUAUGUACCAAUUGGGUACACUUUUGGAGCUGGAAUGUUUAGAAUGGAUUCCAUUAGAGGAGGGUCUCCAUACGGUGCUGGAGUCUUUUCCGGAGACGGCUCGAGGCAGCCAACUGAAACAGAGUUGGCUCUUGCUGAGCAUCAGGGAAAAUACAUGGCCACAGUAGUGAAGAGAUUUGCUAAGCCUUCCUCGCCUGUAAAUGGUAACAACCAUAGCUAGUGUUAACUAAGCCAAGAUCCAAUUCCAUAUCCACCAUGUUUGUUCAUUAGCUUUGUGCAUGCUUUUCUCUAUUCUUGAGUCACUAGAGCUUAUCUAAACGUUCGAGGAGCUAUGAUUUUGUAAUUAAAUGUGCAUUUGCUUCCACUUUUCGCUGGUUCUUCGCGUCUACUCUCUUAUUGUUUGGAAAAUUUUUACAUAUUUGUAUAUGGUUUGAAAUUGUCUAUUAUUUUCAUGUAAACUAUUUGAUUGUAAUGUCAUAAUGAUCAAUAAAAAUUUGAGGUUGGUUUUUUUUUUA